AUGGCGGGACCAACAACGACGGCCCUUGCGCCGGCCGACAACAAGCGCAAGGAAAGCAAAAGAGUGAUGGAAGCGCAAAAGACCUACGGCCGGGGUAAAUCCAUCCACACCCACAGCGUUCGCGACAAGAAACUGCGCAGCAAUCUCAAAGCCGUGGAAGACAAGUACAAGGAGGCAGCCCUGAAGGCCAAGGAUGCGGAGAUUUUGCUCGAGCACGAUGCCGGAUUCCUCGAGCCCGAGGCAGAGCUGGAAAGGACGUACAAAGUUCGACAGGAUGAGAUUCGCGAAAGUGUCGGCAUCGAAACAGCCAAGAAGGGAUUCGAGCUCAAGUUGACCGAUAUGGGACCCUACCGGAUGGACUACACAAGGAACGGUCGCGAAUUGCUGUUGGCCGGGCGCAAAGGGCAUGUGGCGACGAUGGACUGGCGGAAUGGAAAGCUGGGAUGCGAGUUGCAGUUAAACGAGACUGUGCGCGAUGCUCGCUGGCUGCACAACAAUCAGUUCUUCGCCGUGGCGCAGAAGAGAUCCGUUUAUAUCUACGACCAUGCCGGUGUGGAACUGCACUGUCUCAACAAGCAUCUCGAGCCUCUUUUCCUUGAAUUCCUGCCUUACCACUUCCUUCUCGCGAGCGCCCAAAUGAGCGGCUACCUCAAAUACACCGACACCUCAACCGGUCAAAUGGUCGCCGAGCUGCCCACCCGCCUCGGUGCUCCCACCUCCCUCGCCCAGAACCCAUGGAACGCCAUCCUACACGUCGGCCACCAAAACGGCACAGUGACGCUCUGGUCUCCCAACUCACAAACUGCGCUCGUGAAGGCCCUUGUCCACCGCGGCCCCGUCCGCUCGAUGGCUAUUGACCGCCAAGGCCGGUACAUGGUAUCGACCGGUCAAGACCAAAAGAUGAACGUCUGGGACAUCCGCAUGUUCCGCGAAGUACACAGCUACUCAUGCUACCAACCGGGUGCCUCCGUCUCCAUCAGCGAUCGGAAUCUCACAGCCGUGGGCUGGGGCACGCAAGUCAGCGUAUGGCGGGGUCUCUUCGACGCCGCGGCCGCCGACCAAGGCAAGGUACAGAGUCCCUACAUGGCCUGGGGCGGCGACGGCCAACGCAUCGAGAACAUGCGCUGGUGUCCUUUCGAAGAUGUUCUUGGUGUGGGCCACGAUCAAGGCUUUGCCAGCAUCAUCGUCCCCGGCGCCGGUGAACCCAACUUCGACGCCCUGGAGGCCAACCCGUACGAGAACACCAAGCAGCGCCAGGAAGCCGAAGUGCGCGGUCUGCUGAACAAGCUGCAACCGGAGAUGAUCUCUCUGGACCCCAACUUCGUCGGAAAGCUCAACACGAUCAGCGACAAGAAGAACCGCGAGGAACGCGAUCUCGAUCGCAGACCCGAAGACCCCAUGGAGAAGCUCAAGAACCGUGGUCGUGGUCGCAACAGUGCGUUGCGCAAGUAUCUCCGCAAGAAGGGUCGACGCAAUGUCAUCGACGACAAGCGCGUCAAGGCCGAGAUGUUGCGCAAGGAGCAUGCUGCUCGCCACAAGGAGAAGUUGCGCUCCGAGAGGGAGAAUUUGGGUCCCGCGCUGGCGAGAUUCGCCAAGAAGGAGAUUUGA